UCUGAUUGUUUACUUAUUCCAUAGCAAGCCUUUGGCCACACUAAUUCCAUAUUUCCGUUACCAAGUAUAUCUCUCCACGAAUUUCAGUUACAUUUGAUCUGCAAAACAGCAAAAGUGAUGCCAAAAACGAAGCUGCUCUUAAAUACGUAGUACAAAGUAGAGAAGAGUGUAACUUUGAAGAAGCUACAGGUUCGAUUCAACACUCACAAUAUGCCGCCUAGCAUAGUACGAAUUUUUGUCACCGAUAAUGACGCCACGGAUUCUUCCUCCGAUGAGGAGGAGGCUUUUAGCCGCCGGCAGACUACCAAGAAGCAUGUGAUCGAGGUCAGGCUUGGGACUAAAAAGAGUCGUGUUGCCGAUGAAAAGAUAAAAAAGAGAGGCAAAACGGCGACAUCGAAGAUGACGAUCAAGAAUGCCGGUGAUCGGAAGUACAGGGGAGUUAGGCUCCGGCCGUGGGGGAGAUGGGCGGCGGAGAUUCGGGAUCCGAUUCGGAAAACCCGGAAAUGGUUAGGCACUUUUGACACCGCCGUGGAAGCGGCUCAUGUUUACGACACCGCUGCGAUCCAGUUACGUGGACCAGACGCCAUGACCAAUUUCCUUACCCCGCCGCCGAAGCUCGCCGGCACGCCACUCUCUAAUUACGACUCCACCGGCGAAUCCGAGAUGGCUCUGUCUCCAACUUCCGUUCUGAAGGCGUGUAUUGACGCGGCCAAUAAAACCGACACGAAUGAAGCGAAGGAAGAAGGUGCUAUGAAGCUGGUGACGGCGGGUUACUUUGCAGAGGCGGCUGCGACGGAGGAGGAAUGUAGUCUGAACGGGCCGUUAGAUUUCUGGUCGCCGUCCUUGUUAACGGAUGACCAAACGCCGUUAGAUUGCGACGAUGGAAAUAAACUCCCGGAGAUAAUGAUGAUGGAUGAGCGUUUGGAUGAUAUUUCGGUGGAUUUCAGAGGUGAUGAUUUCCAUGUGUGGGAUGUGAAUGAUUAUGUGGUUGAUUAAUUAGAGUAAAGUAGAACUUAGUAAUUAAGAGAAAGUUAGAGCUGAUUAAGUACAUGAUGGGAAUUAAGUUCUAUAACACAUUUGAUGAUGGUGUCAAUUUCGACGGACCAAAUCACCAAAACAGAACGUAGUUAUGUUUUGGUGAGUGAAUCAGUGAAGAGUAGUAGUAGAAAUUCUGGAAUCGGUACAUAUAUUUAGUUAUGAGUGAGCAACUUUUGGGAUCUAGUUUCUUCCGUAAAGGUUUCUUCAUUUCUUAUCAAUCACUCUAAUGUCU